CGCCGCCAGAUCUCCAUCCUGCGGUCUCUCGCAGUCGCCCCCAUCCUCCCCUGCUCUGAAACGCCAAAUCCCAACUGGCCACCUCCCCUGCGUUCCCUCCAUUCCCCCAAAUCCCGAUCCCCUAACCCUAGCCAGCUUCUCCCGCCGCGCCGUCGCCAUGGAUUUCACGGCCCCCUCCUUCUCCCUCGGCCUCGACCUCGACGACCCGACCCCCGCCGACGCCGACGACGGAGGCGACCCGCGCGAGGAGGCGCGAGGGUACGAGGCGCCCGACGCGCCGUCCUUCUCUCUGGGUCUCGAUUUCGAGUGCUACGACGACGACGACGGCGACGAGCCCCGGGUCCCUGCCGGGGGCCGCUCUGAGGAGGUCGCGCAACGGUACGAGGCGCCUGACGCCCCCUCGUUCUCGCUCGGCCUCGGCUUCGACGACGACGACGGGGGCGCCGGCGAGCCCCAGAUCCCCGCUGGAGCCCGCCGGGAGGAGCGGCCGCGGCGUUACGAGGCGCCCGACGCGCCCUCGUUCUCCCUCGGAUUGGACGACGACGACGACGACGGGGGAGCCAGCGAACCCCACCACCUCCCCGCUGGAGGCCGCCGGAAGGAGCAGGCGCCGCGCUACGAGGCGCCCGACGCGCCCUCGUUCUCCCUCGGACUCGACGACGACGACGACUUUGCCGGCGGAACCCUUGACCCGGACCCCCUGCCUCCGCAACCGGAGACGAAUCGACUGAAGAGGUUGCGGAGGGGUCCUGCGCCGGGUUACGAGGCGCCCGACGCGCCCUCGUUCUCACUCGGAAUCGACGACGACGACAACUUCGUUGCCGGCGGAGCCCUUGACCCGGACCCCCUGCCUCCGCAGCCGGAGACGAAUCGACUGAAGAGGUUGCGGAGAGGCCCUGCACCGCGUUCUAUGGCGCCUCCUCCUCCUCCUAGGGCAGCACCGCCCCUGGCUACGGAAGCAUCUCCGGAUUUCAGCCGGAAGGCGGCACCACUUGGGGAUAUUGGGAGCUACGAGGACGAAAUUGAAGAUUUCAGUGACGAGGAGCCACCACGAGGCAUGACACCAUCAGUUGGUAGUUGCAGGACUUCUAGCAAUUCAAAAUUCUCUCUUCUGAACCGCAGUGUACUGAUGACUCAAUCAACAAGCAAAGCCAAGACAACAAAAUCUACACCAAUGUCAAAUUCUGUUGCUUCAAAACCCCUAGAAGAAAGCUGCACGAAGAAGCUACUUCCUAAGAUAACAAUAAGCCCACUGAGGAAAAUUUAUUUUGUUGAUUCGGACACUGAUUCAGAUGAUAACAGGAAACAAAGUAAACCAAAGAAGCCCAUGAGUCCUAUCAAGAAGAGACAGGAAUCCGUGCACAAGUAUAUGCAGAAGAAGCCUGUAUCGCAGCAAAACAGUAAAUCUGAAGGGAGCACUGUUGUCCAGAAGAGUGAAGAUAUACUGAAGGACAGUUGGGCGACACCUGCUCUUGAUCACUUCUGCAGCGAGUAUUUCAAAUCUGUCCAACACUCAACACCAUCCCAGCAGACAAAAACCAACAGUUUUUCUGGCUCCAAGGUUUCACGACCAUACAGCUCUGUUAGUGAAAUUGGGGAACAUUUCCAGCAUGAAAGCACUUCAACCGGAGUUGUACUCGAAGAGAAUCUGACGGACAACCAUCCACCUGCCAUGCAUUAUUUCUGUCACCGUGAUCAGAUGGUGCAGAACCUGGUCCGUGAAAGAUUAAAGCACUUUGUUCCCAUUGGGGCUGGCACUUCCGAGGGAAAUGAGUACAUUGUAGAAGAAAAUCUGAACUACAGUAGGAGCCAGUUUGGCCAGAGUAGUGGUGCUAAUGAUCGGUGGGUGACUCCCAACAGUAGGACUUCUGUCCCAACAGAUUUUGGCAAAAGAAGGGUACAUGCUGGGGGAAGUCAGUCUGGCUCUGGCCAUUGGUUCACUGGAGAGGAUGGCAGGAAGGUUUAUGUCUCUAAAAAUGGACAGGAGUUAACUGGCCGUGAUGCCUAUAAACAAUACAGAAAGGAAAGCGGCAAGGGAUUUCGCAACUUCAAGAAGAAGAAAAGUACAGUCAAGAAGGAAGGUUCUGCUAGAGCCAAACGGGGUUCUUCUACGGCAAACAAGGCCAGUUCCAGUUCCACAGCAAAGCGAAGCUCAGGAGCCAAAAGGAAGCGAUGAGGUAAGAGGUCGGUUGGUGGCCCAGUUUUUUUUCCCCCACAAUAGAGAAGAGGUCACUGUAAUUAGUUGCUUUGCCCUGUGCAUUUCAUCUCUCAGAGAUACAAAAGAUUAUGCUACGGUCGCCUGUUCUCCUCUGUCAAUAUGAACACACUACAACCUUUGGUCGAAACCCUUCUUUGUUAUUAAGGUGAUCCGAACCACUCAACUGUGUAAACUGCUGUUGUUAAGGGACGAAAGGACGGGCGUGUUUGCUCUUUAUGGAGGUGAUGGAUAGGACAUUAUGGGUCUUAA